GCGGGCUCGCAGGCUGAAGACUAUUGGGACCCCGCCGCUCCGGCCGAGUUCACUCAGUCACAGUUGUCGUCACGUCCCUCGUUUGCAUCUGGACUUCAUGUCCAGGAGGUCUUUGCGGGCGGUGUUUGGAGCGCCGCUGCUAAACAGGCUGGGCUUGUGGUAUCCCCGCCGGUGGAACUGUUCGAAGACCCUGUUCACCAGCGUGGUGCCCGCGACGAUCACGAUGUCUUGCGGCAGCCUGUUUUUGACCGCCUGCUGGUUUUAGCUUCGUCGCCAGAGCCCUCGGCGCCGAAUGUUUGGCAGUUCAGCCCACCACGCACGUCCUUCCGUGACUUUCAGAAGCAAAACGGCGGUACUCGUACGUUUGCCGUGCCUGAAGGGGACGGCUCUCAGCCUUCAGAGGUCGUUGGGAAUCAGCUUGCGGAUGCUACCGCCCGGCUUUGCCUGGCUCUUGCUGCAGCGGGAUUUGCACAAGGAGGUUACUUGGUGGCUCGUUUCACCGGGUUUGUUCCCGUGGCGCAGCCUUCACCUCCCAAUGGUCUGCCUUGCUCGCCUGUUCUGCCGCCAGUCGCCUAG